AUGCGCUUACAUAUUAUGCAUGCAUAUUGGAGGUCCUUCUAAGACACAAACAUAAUCUACUCUGAGUUGGAUAGAAGAGAAAUUCAGUUGCUUCUACGCUCACAUAAGCUCUCCCAUGCAUAUCUAUCAAAUUCACCAGACCAUGUGAAUGACCUCGAGAAUUAUUAGUAUAGUUGUGGUUACAAGAACCACCUCAUGCAGACACAUACACCCGAAACCGAUCUUAAUGCGAAUAUUGUAUAUAUACUCUAUAUCAGUCAACUGGCAUCGCGUAACGUGCUCGGACGUUGAGGGAAUCCAAUUAUCAUACAAUGUUCUACAACGACUCGAAAUAUUAGCCUAUCUGCAACGGGAUUUUCGGUAAAAUAACACGACAUAUCAACGAUCUCACCAUCGAGC